UGUGAAUGUUACCUUUUUCUUGAAAUUUGUAAGUCUAUUUGAUUAAGAAGUUAAAGCAGUGAGUCAACUGAUUAUUUGCCAUCUCCAGUGGCCUCUAUAGAUGAUAGGUGGUUUCAAAAACACAUUCAUCCUGCAUGGCCACUUAGUCUGAAUUUUAAAAGCCAAAAUAAUAAACUCACUUAAAAACUGGCUUUUGGUGUUUUAGGUAGAGAAGGUAGAAUUGUCCAUGAGUAGACAGUAGUAUCCUAUGCAGCUUCUGAACAGUUUGCAUUCUAAAGAAUUCAUACAAAUAUUCAGGUGAACAAUGAAAUCUGAAAGGUGUGACUAAGAUGAGUAUAACAGAAGUUGGUGUUACAACAAUAAAUAAUGUGAAUGUUAUGGUGAUGGAGUUAUGUGAGUUCUUUGAAAAACAGGCAGCGCAUAAGAAGGUUUUCAGGAAUUUGUGCCUUUUGGUAGGAGGGGUCAGAUCUCCCCGUCCUUUCCCAGCUGGCAAAUAGAAGAUGCUGUACCACUGUGUUGUGGCAUUGUUGUUAGAGUCACUUAAUCCUGCUACAUUUCUUGUCUGAGCCUCUGAGCGGAGUCUCUUCAGUACUUCUGGCAAGAUUAAGUUUUGAUUGACUGCUUUAUGUGCUUGUUUAUUUUUAUAGCAUUUAAAUCAAACGUAUUGAGAUGGAUUGGGUUAUGAAACAUAAUGGUCCAAAUGACGCUAGUGAUGGGACAGUACGACUUCGCGGACUACCAUUUGGUUGCAGCAAAGAGGAAAUAGUUCAGUUCUUUCAAGGGUUGGAAAUCGUGCCAAAUGGGAUAACAUUGACGAUGGACUACCAGGGGAGAAGCACAGGGGAGGCCUUCGUGCAGUUUGCUUCAAAGGAGAUAGCAGAAAAUGCUCUGGGGAAACACAAGGAAAGAAUAGGGCACAGGUAUAUUGAGAUCUUCAGAAGUAGCAGGAGUGAAAUCAAGGGAUUUUAUGAUCCACCAAGAAGAUUGCUGGGACAGCGACCAGGACCAUAUGAUAGACCAAUAGGAGGAAGAGGGGGUUAUUAUGGAGCUGGGCGUGGAAGUAUGUAUGACAGAAUGCGACGAGGAGGUGAUGGAUAUGAUGGUGGCUAUGGAGGUUUUGAUGACUAUGGUGGCUAUAAUAAUUAUGGCUAUGGAAAUGAUGGCUUUGAUGACAGAAUGAGAGAUGGACGAGGUAUGGGAGGACAUGGCUAUGGUGGAGCUGGUGAUGCAAGCUCAGGUUUUCAUGGUGGUCAUUUUGUACAUAUGAGAGGAUUGCCUUUCCGUGCAACUGAAAAUGACAUUGCUAAUUUCUUUUCACCACUAAAUCCAAUAAGAGUUCAUAUUGAUAUCGGAGCUGACGGCAGAGCAACAGGAGAAGCAGAUGUGGAGUUUGUGACCCAUGAAGAUGCAGUAGCUGCCAUGUCUAAAGAUAAGAAUAAUAUGCAGCAUCGAUACAUUGAACUCUUCUUGAAUUCCACUCCUGGAGGCGGCUCUGGCAUGGGAGGCUCUGGCAUGGGAGGCUACGGCAGAGAUGGAAUGGAUAAUCAGGGAGGAUACGGAUCUGUUGGAAGAAUGGGAAUGGGGAACAAUUACAGUGGAGGCUAUGGUACUCCUGAUGGCUUAGGAGGUUAUGGCCGUGGUGGUGGAGGCAGUGGCGGCUACUAUGGGCAAGGUGGCAUGAGCGGAGGUGGAUGGCGUGGGAUGUACUGAAAAUAUCACCAACAUACACAAGGAAAAAUCCUAACAACAGCAUCUGGUCUACUAGACUUUCUUACAAAUUUCUUUUGUAUUUUAAGAACUUUAUAAUGACUGAAGGAAUGUGUUUUCAAAAUAUUAUUUGGUAAAGCAACAGAUUGUGAUGGGAAAAUCUGUUUUCUGUAGGUUUUAUUUGUUGCAUACUUUGACUUAAGAAAUAAAUUUUUAUAUUCAAACCACUGAUGUUGAUACUUUUUAUAUACUAGUUACUCCUAAGGAUGUGCUGCCUUCAUAAGAUUUGGGUUGAUGUAUUUUACUAUUAGCUAUACAAGUAGUAAGUAGUAUUAGUGUAAUACUAAAGGAUCAUGGCUCACCCCUGCAUAAACUGCAAGUCUUAAUAAGCAGACAUCUGGAAUAGAGCUUAAAGAAUAAUUAGUGUAACUUUAAUUUCUCCUGGACAACACUGUAUAUAUAAAGCCUAAAGAGGAAUUUAAGUGGCAUCAAAAGUAUAAAAUCAGCUAAAUUCUAUAUUCUUUUUCUCAAAUGUCAUUUAUCAAACAUAGCUCUGAAAUGUUGAUGGUCCCUUAGAGGUACCUGGGUUUCUGAACACUCAAAAUUGUGUUACCUGAGGAUGGGAAGAUUGGAAGUUAGAUACUAGCCCUACCUGUUGAGAUAAAAAUCCCCUCAGCACUUGACUGAAUUACAAGAAAUGCUUCUAAAACCUGAUGAUUGUUAAUUCAAGUUGUUUUAGAAAGCUAAGAUUGUUGAAUUCCACAGAAUUGUCAGAUGUAUUUUCAGUCUGCUGCCCAAAUCUUUAAAUAAUUGUAUAAAUGACUACGUUAAGCAAAUGUAAGGGAAGUCCAUGUCAUAAGUAAAAGAACCUUGCGGUUGGCUUUGCAUCUGAUACCUGCCCGUCUUAGUUUAUUAUGUAGCAAGGAAAAGGUGCUUUUUAAUUUUAAUCUCCUUGGUCAAUAUACCUUUUUUUCCCAAAUUGGCUAAUGGAUCAAAAUGAAAUUGUCAAUGUGAAUAUUCAGUUAUUGAACUUGUUACUUGUUUUUGCUAGAAAUGUUAAUGUAAUAAAUGUCAAUGUGGGAGAUAA